CGAAGUAACCCCCAGCGCGCACGUAUAAACAGCCGGGGCGCGGCCGCGCGGGCGUCUCCACCUCCUCCGCUCCCGUCACCGGCGACAGCAGUAGUCGUACUAGGCUACCAGCAGCAGCAGGAAGAGCACGCUAGCGCCGCCGCCGCCUACCAUACCGUCUCCGAGUGCCACCAGAAAAGAGGGUAUGGUGAAGCCAAUCCGGCCUCGCUUUCCCGCCCGCUUGAUUUGCCUCCUCCACCAGCCGGCGGCCGACGGCCGGGAGCAACCCAAAAAGUCAGAGGGGAAUUGGCCCACGGCCAGGCCGCCAGCAGCGGAGCUGAGGCGAGGUGAGGUGAGCGGAGGCCAUCAGGGGGGGCCGCGCGGCGUCAUGGCCCAGCAUAUAUACGCCACCACCAACAGCGGGUGCGCGACCCCGCUGCUCUCCCCCGCGCCGGCCCUCCUCCAACCCCUCCUCCCCUCGCGGUUGCCGCGGCGCCGGACCAGCCCCAUGGGCGCGACCGGCCACCUGGCGCUGUCCGCCGCCAAGCCGCGGAGCGGCCGCAGGCCGUGCGCGGCCGUGCUGGGCGAGCCGCUGCCGGCGCUCGACGACGCCGGCCUCCUCGUCCACCCCAGCGCCGACUUCGCCGCCCGCGCCCUCGUCUCCUCCGAGCAGCAGUACCGGGAGAUGUACCAGAGGUCGAUCGACGACCCUGCCGGAUUCUGGUCGGAGAUCGCGGAGGAGUUCUACUGGGAGCAGAGGUGGGACCCUGACGAAGUUUGCUCCGAGAACCUCGACGUGACCAAGGGACCAAUCAAGAUCGAAUGGUUCAGAGGGGGGAAGACCAACAUAUGCUACAAUGCGGUGGACCGCAAUGUGGAGUCUGGCAAUGGGGACAAGAUUGCCAUGUACUGGGAGGGGAACGAGCCCAGUCAGGAUGGGAAGCUCUCAUACUCCGUGCUCUUGGACAAGGUUUGCCAGCUGGCGAAUUACCUGAAAAGUGUUGGUGUUGGAAAGGGUGAUGCUGUGGUGGUCUACCUACCGAUGUUGAUGGAGCUGCCCAUUGCAAUGCUUGCAUGUGCUCGGAUUGGUGCAGUUCACUCGGUUGUGUUUGCUGGCUUCUCUGCUGAUGCACUAGCACAAAGAAUUGUUGACUGCAAGCCUAAGGUUGUGAUUACCUGCAAUGCUGUGAAAAGGGGGCAGAAACUCAUCCCUCUGAAAGAUAUAGUUGACACUUCUCUGGUUGAAAGUGCAAAGAAUGGAGUUGAUGUAGGUAUUUGCUUGACAUAUGAAAAUCAGUCAGCACUGAAUAAAGAAGACACACGAUGGAAACCAGGAAGAGAUGUUUGGUGGCAGGAUGUUGUGCCCAAUUUCCCAACUAAAUGUGGUGUGGAAUGGGUUGAUGCAGAGGAUCCAUUGUUUCUUUUGUACACAAGUGGCAGCACAGGGAAGCCAAAGGGUGUGUUGCAUACAACUGGGGGCUAUAUGGUCUACUCUGCUACAACAUUUAAGCAUGCAUUUGACUACAUGCCAGGAGAUGUAUACUGGUGCACUGCAGACUGUGGUUGGAUUACUGGACAUAGUUAUGUGACAUAUGGUCCUCUGUUGAAUGGAGCCUCAGUUCUCAUUUUCGAAGGGGCUCCAAAUUACCCUGAUCCCGGUCGGUGUUGGGACAUCGUUGACAAAUAUGGAGUGACAAUAUUUUAUACUGCACCAACACUUAUACGCUCACUCAUGCGUGAUGGUACUGAGUAUGUUGAUCGGUACUCUCGCAAGUCCCUCCGAGUGCUUGGAAGUGUAGGUGAGCCAAUCAACCCAGCCGCAUGGAGAUGGUUCUAUGAUGUAGUUGGUGACUCACGAUGCCCCAUAUCAGAUACUUGGUGGCAGACUGAAACUGGUGGAUUCAUGAUCACUCCUUUACCUGGUGCUUGGCCUCAAAAACCAGGAUCAGCAACAUUUCCUUUCUUCGGUGUGCAGCCAGUCAUUGUUGAUGAGAAAGGGCGAGAAUUGGAAGGAGAAUGCAGUGGAUAUCUUUGCAUAAAGAAGUCAUGGCCUGGGGCUUUCCGAACUCUCUAUGGAGAUAAAGACAGAUAUGAGACGACAUACUUCAAACCAUUCGCUGGAUAUUAUUUUUCGGGUGAUGGCUGCAGCAGGGAUAAAGAUGGCUACCACUGGCUGACUGGAAGAGUUGAUGAUGUUAUCAAUGUGAGUGGACACCGGAUUGGGACAGCUGAAGUUGAGUCUUCUCUGGUUUCACAUCCAAAAUGCGCCGAGGCCGCUGUUGUUGGCAUUGACCAUGAGGUUAAAGGCCAAGGAAUAUAUGCUUUCGUGACUUUGGUGGAUGGUGUUCCCUACAGUGAUGAUCUAAGAAAAAGCCUCGUUAUGACAGUCCGCAGCCAGAUUGGCGCAUUUGCUGCUCCUGACAAGAUCCACUGGGCACCGGGGCUCCCUAAGACACGAAGCGGGAAGAUCAUGCGAAGGAUUCUGCGGAAAAUCGCAUCCAGGCAGCUCGACGAGCUCGGCGACACAAGCACGCUUGCUGACCCUGGUGUUGUCGACCAGCUGAUUUCGCUCAGCGACAGCUGAUCUAUGGGCUAUGCCUGAUCACUGCGUGCGCUACACGUUGUGUAAAACUCAACUUGUGUGCGGUCAGCGCUCGACCCACCAUUCUCUGGUUUCUUCGGUGUUUGGGGGGAAUGGCAACCAAAGAGAGAUGAUGCCGUGCGUCUGUAAAUUGUUGGAUCACAGUCACAGAUAGUACUAUAGUAGAUAGAUUGGUAAAUAAGGAAAUUACUGUAAGUGCAAGUUUUGGGUACAUCGAAAGUUAUAUAAUGAUACAAGUUGGCAUUUUAUUA